UUGAUUAUUAAUUAAUAACAAUGGAAAUCGUAUCGAAAAUGGUCCUUGAAUGUUGCUAGUGAUCUAUACUUGACAACACAAUUGCAAAAGUGGAUGAAUUUUCCUUAGAAAGUUAGAAAAUUAUUGAUAAUGUCUAUUAAUAUUCGGUGGCGUGUCGCUAUCCUUGUCUUUCAUGAUCCUUUCUCUCUAUCUUUCAUACACGCGCUCUGUCCUUGUCUUACAUGUUUCUUUCUCUCUCUUUCCCUGCACUCACUCUAUCCUUGUCUUUCAAGUUUGUAGUGACAAUAGUUCCCAUCCUUUUUGUCCGAUGGCGCCACAGGUAUUAAGCCACACGCCAUCUAGUGUUACAAGUACGCGAUAUGGAAAAGUUCAUUGUAUGUGAAAGGGGGUAGCGUUUGACGUUGACGUUUGCAUUCUUUCAAGCGGAUGUAUCAAAUGUCUAGCGGUGUUCAUAACCUUUGAAAAGAUUUGUUUUGUUCGUAGUUCCGUCACCUAAAUACCGGUAAAGUAAUCUGUUACAGGGAUAAAGAUGUCGGAAGAAAAUUCGCUGAGCUUAGAUAACGACGCGAAAGAUUCGUCGACGUUGUCGGAAUUAUUCGACAAAGCUUUCGAGCUUUUUAACGAAAUAAAUAAAACUGAGGAGCCUACAAAUAGCGCAAAAGUGCAGUCAGACAUUAGACGAGCUAUGACUAUGUUAGAGGAUGCUACAAGAUUAGUUUCCAUGGUCGACAUGUUUAGCCAUAACGAAAGUUUUGAGGAAGUACCAACAGAGAAUAUCAAGUACUUUUUACUCCCAGCAUUCCUUGGUACGCUUGCCACAAAAAUUUGCAACACAAGCGAUAGAAUGCACAUCGUUAACGUCGCCGAAAUUUACUUCGUGGACUUUCUCAAGCGCGUUAGAAAUUAUGGUUUGACCGACAUCGGCGUACCAGAAAUUAAAUCCGAGUAUGAACAGGAAGGCACAUCUGGGAGGACUAGAUCGAAUGCAGAAUUAAUUACAGAAAUGGUAAGCAGAAGAAAUACUAAGCUGCAGCGUUACAAGGAGCAAAAGGAAUUAGAAUCGAGUUUAGAGACCCUCAAAAGGAAUAUGUCGAAUCCAAACAUAGAUGAAGAGGUGAAGAGAGAAUAUUUCAUAACCCUCAUAAAAUUAUACAUAAACCUGACUGUCGAGGAACUGAGUUCGUUAGCAGCAGAAAAACCAAUUCUAGAGCACAUGAAGAAAGUGGGAAAAUCUGAGACUAUGACCUCUCAUGCUUCCCAUGCUCCCCCAAAGCGUAAACCUGCUCCCAAAUUACAACCCAUCAUAAUCACGCGAGACGAAGCACAGAAAAAAGUAUAUGGAGCUGGGUAUCCCAGUUUACCUAUUCUCACCGUUCAAGAAUUUUACGAUCAACGAGUGAAAGAGGGAGAUUGGCCCGACCCGUCGCAGCGAAAUCAAAUAAAUUCAACCUGCUUGCAAGACGUAGCAAAUAGCGAAGCAAACGAUGACGAUUCGGAAGAAGUUAAGAAGGAAAAACUGAUCGAAGACGACGAUUCCGAUACAUUGGAGCAGCUACGCGCCAUGGAUGAAUACAAAGAUACGCACAGAAGAGGAUGGGGUAAUCGCGCUAACCGAAGUUAAGCAUGUUAUGCGAAGUUAUGCAAAUUCGAAGUUAUACGAAUUUAUAAAUAUCGGUAUCGCGUAAUUUUUAUAUUUUAAUCGCGUCCCUUUUCGCGAAACUUUUUUAGAAUUUUAUUUGUAACACGCAUGCAAGAUGGCCUGUUGAUUAUUACUUGUAACAAGUUUGUGUAAUAAUCCUGAAUAAAAGAUAUAGUUGUA